AUGGUUCUGGGGCCCCUGCUGAGGCAUGGCUUCAAGACCAGCAUCCAGGCGCGCUGCGGACAAUCGCUGAUUGACCUUACCGAAAACUUGGGCUCCUCGUGCCCAGCCUCCGCGGCAGACCUCAGGCCCGCGGUUUUGGCCUUUGAGGUUCUGCUGUCAUGGAGCUUUCACUACUACCAGAAGCUGUUCCAGCAAUCCUACGACUCCGGCCACCAAACUGCAGACGACUACACCUUGAUGUUGGAGGGCGUUCCGAAGAACGUCACUUCUGAGUUGCAGUUGCAUCGGCAGCUAGAAAGAGAGCUGCACAUGGAGGGCAAAAUCUAUGGCGUCUGCAUACUUUACGACUUCCUCCACCUGCCUGAAGAGACCAGAGAGAAGUUGGAGGAUAUGCUGGAGCACAUCAUUGAGCUUGACGACUUGCAGACCGGCUGGGCCCAACCCCACGUCUCAACCUUGGAGGAGCAUCUUGUCCAGGACAUCAAGGAGGAUCAGAAGGAGUUCCGGGAGAUCCUGCUCAAGGAGAUCCGCUGCUGCGGCCGCGCCUACGUCAUCUUCCGCACCCAGGAGGCCAUGAUCCGGGUCCUGCGCGAGAGGAGCGGCAUCCAGCGCAAGAUCCUCGACCCCACCGCCACGGACGAGCUGGAGAUGGUGAAGAUCUUGAACCGCGGGGAUCAGCCAGACGGACUCCGCUACGAGAAGGCAGAGCUCCUGCCGCGGGAGAGGGCCAAGACCCUGGCGAUCUUACCCAUCCGGCAGUUUGCUUACAUCUUGAUUUACGUGGUUUCCGCGCAGCUGUUCUUCUACUUCAUGCAGAAGCCUUGGCAUGACUGUGCAAUGGAAGCCUCGAGUGGAGCAGCCGGAGUCCAACUCGCAAGCAAGGGAGGCUUUCCUGCAAAGAGGAGAGGAGGAGUGCUCCUUGUGAACUUCGCCAUUCAGACGGCUGUGGCCUUUGAUGUCGAAGGCUGCGACUUCAUUCGCAUUGCCAAAGUGGACGAGAUUACGUUCAUUUGGAACACGCUCCUCAUGGUUAUCACCCUGCUGUACAUCGUGUACCAGGAGUGCGAUAAAGUCGGCUUGCGCUCUACAUUCCUGCCACCGGAAGAAGAGUUUUCCGCGGCAUGGUGGGAGUGGCGACGAGGUUUUCUUCUCUCAGCUCUAGCGGAGAUUCGAGCAUAUGACGCGCUGCUGUCGGUUUUCACGGAACAGACUAUCAUGCUCUACGUCCUUGGUGAGGUGGGCAACGUCCUCGGGCCUGUCCUGUUCUUUUGGUUCGCUUUGCGCGCCGUCUUUAUUUCGAACAUUGGCGGAUCACCAAC